GCAUGCGCAGCCUUCGCUGGCCCCGCCCCGUCCUAUUCGGGCUCCCGCCUCUGUUCAGGACACUGGGUCCCCUAGGAGCCUCCCCAGGCUUAAUGAUUGUCCAGAAGGCGGCUAUAAAGGGAACCUGGGAAGCUGGGUGGAGGAGGGAGCAGAAAAAACCCAACUCAGCAAAUCUGGGAACUGUGAGAGCGGCAAGCAGGAGCUGUGGUCAGAGGCUGUGCGUCUUGGCCGGUAGGGCCUGCUCUUUUCUACCAUGGCAGCCCAGGGCUAUGGCUAUUAUCGCACUGUGAUCUUCUCAGCCAUGUUUGUGGGCUACAGCCUGUAUUACUUCAAUCGCAAGACCUUCUCCUUUGUCAUGCCAUCAUUGGUGGAAGAGAUCCCUUUGGACAAGGAUGAUUUGGGGCUCAUCACCAGCAGCCAGUCGGCAGCUUAUGCUAUCAGCAAGUUUGUCAGUGGGGUGCUGUCUGACCAGAUGAGUGCUCGCUGGCUCUUCUCUUCUGGGCUGCUCCUGGUUGGCCUGGUCAACAUAUUCUUUUCCUGGAGCUCCACAGUACCUGUCUUUGCUGCCCUCUGGUUCCUUAAUGGCCUGGCCCAGGGGCUGGGCUGGCCCCCAUGUGGGAAGGUCCUGCGGAAGUGGUUUGAGCCAUCUCAGUUUGGCACUUGGUGGGCCAUCCUAUCAACCAGCAUGAACCUGGCUGGAGGGCUGGGUCCUAUCCUGGCAACCAUCCUCGCCCAGAGCUACAGCUGGCGCAGCACGCUGGCCCUGUCUGGGGCACUGUGUGUGGUUGUCUCCUUCCUCUGUCUCCUGCUCAUCCACAAUGAACCUGCUGAUGUCGGACUCCGCAACCUGGACCCCACGCCCUCUAAGGGCAAGAAGGGCUCCUUGAAGGAGGAGAGCACCCUACAGGAGCUGCUGCUGUCCCCUUACCUGUGGGUGCUCUCCACUGGUUACCUUGUGGUGUUUGGAGUAAAGACCUGCUGUACUGACUGGGGCCAGUUCUUCCUUAUCCAGGAGAAAGGACAGUCAGCUCUUGUAGGUAGCUCCUACAUGAGUGCCCUGGAAGUUGGGGGCCUUGUAGGCAGCAUCGCAGCUGGCUACCUGUCAGACCGGGCCAUGGCAAAGGCGGGACUGUCCAACUACGGGAACCCUCGCCAUGGCCUGUUGCUGUUCAUGAUGGCUGGCAUGACAGUGUCCAUGUACCUCUUCCGGGUAACAGUGACCAGUGAUUCCCCCAAGGAUGUUGCUUUCUGGACUCUGGCUCUUCACCCUCUGGCGGAGCUCACAGGCUUUACAGAGCAUGAGCUCUGGAUCCUGGUAUUGGGAGCUGUAUUUGGUUUCUCCUCGUAUGGUCCCAUUGCCCUGUUUGGAGUCAUAGCCAACGAGAGUGCCCCUCCCAACUUGUGUGGCACCUCCCACGCCAUUGUGGGACUCAUGGCCAAUGGUUCUUCCCCUUCCCCGACAGUGGGCGGCUUUCUGGCCGGGCUGCCCUUCAGCACCAUUGCCAAGCACUACAGUUGGAGCACAGCCUUCUGGGUGGCUGAAGUGAUUUGUGCAGCCAGCACAGCUGCCUUCUUCCUCCUACGAAACAUCCGCACCAAGAUGGGCCGAGUGUCCAAGAAGGCUGAGUGAAGAGAGUCCAGGUUCCGGAGCACCAUCCCACGGUGGCCUUCCCCCUGCACGCUGUCGGGGGAGAAAAGGAGGGGCCCUGCCUGGCUAGCCCUAAACCUUUCACUUUCCAUUUCUGCGCCUUUUCCCUCACUCGGGUGGCGCAGGAAGUUAUCAGUGGCUAGUGAGGUCCCAGCUCCCCCAUCCUAUGCUCUAUUUAAAAGAUAACCUUUGGCCUUAGACUUCAUUAGCUCUUAUUUCCUGCCUUCAGACAAGCAGGAAACUUAUGCAGUCAGGAAGCCUCCUGUACCCUUCUUCUUUUCCCAGGCCCUGUCCUUCCCCCAUCCUACCCCAUCCCCACCUAAAGUGAGGCUAUCUUUGCAGCUGCAGGGCACUAAUGACCCUUGACUUCUGCUGGGCCCUAAGUCCUCUCAGCAGUGGGCGACUGCUGUUGCCAAUACCUCAGACUCCAGGGAAAGAGAGGAGGCCAUCAUUCUCACUGUACCACUAGGCGCAGUUGGAUAUAGGUGGGAAAAGAUGACUUGUUAUAGAAGAUUAAAACUAGAUUUGAUACUGAA